AUGUCCCAUACGAUGGAUCACCACCACGGACACAUCGGUAUCCUCUUUUCAUUUUUUUUUUCUUCGUCUUCUCAUUCACAAAUCCAUUUUAUUAACUCUGACUGGAAAUGAAACAAAAUUAUAGUUCUCGGAAAAAUUAUUUAAAAAAAAAUUAUAAAUAGCUUGAAGUGAUGGAUUACAUAGCUUUUGCAGGACCAUCGACUCCUUCUGAGCAUUCUAUGAUGAUGCACGCCAUGUCUUUCCAUUUCUCAUCAGCUGAGACCAUUCUCUUCGAUAUUUGGACUACCAAAUCAGCGUUAGGUGUGGAUGAAUAAAUAGAAAAAAACAUAAAAAAAGAUGAGACGUGGAGUAACAGCCGUGUACCGAGGUUCGCGGAAUACAAUGCCAAAGUUCUUGCUUGACCAAAAAAAACGUCAUACAUUCCGUUGUAUUUUUUUUCCAAAUUUUUCCCCUCUCCGCAAGAAAUUACGAGAUUGUAUUUCCUGCACCUUCUUUUUAAAUUUCUAUUUCUUUUGAUAGUAGAAAAAGACCAGUUAAAUUUAUACAAGUCUUUCCGAAUUGGCUAUGCGGAGUGUGAAGUUUUCGUGAUGGGAAAAAAAAAAGUUAAAAAGGGAUCACUAAUAAAAAAACUUUUCUCUAAAGUGGUAGAAAAAAAUAAUAGAAAAAAAUCAUGUUAACAUAAAAAAACUCAAAGAAAAAAACAUUUUUUUCUCGGGACUCGUUUUCAGAAAAAAAGAAGUGUUUAGGACUUUCAUGAAAUUUUUUUGUGAUGUUUAGUUUUUUUCUCUACGGGUAACUGAAACUACCUGCGCUUCGAAAGUUCUCAUGGUGAAUUAAGACAUGGCGCUGUCUUGCUUGGCAGUGGUUUUUCUUGCGCUAGUGAUGGAGACGGCACGAUUCUUCCGUGGCUAUCGAAGGGUUCAGUACGAACUUCGACAAACACCGCCACCUGUUGAGUCGCGUCUUAGGUAAGUCAAAUCGCGUUUUUUGUGGGAAAACGUGGUCUUUCAGCUUGAGACCGCAGUUCCGCGUCUUUGAACUGACGGAUGCCGUCCUGCAGGCCCUGCAGUUGCUACUCGCUUAUUGUCUAAUGCUCAUUUUCAUGACGUUCAACGUUUUUCUCUGCGGGGCGGUCGUUCUCGGAGAGGUCGCUUCUCGUCUCUUCUUCGCCUUUUUGUACCCCGAUUUCAACUCAAACUCGAUUGGCCACUGUGCAUAGUUUUUUUUUGUAUUUAUUUCACAUGAAGUGUUCAAAUCUUAUGUUUUUUUAUUCUCGGAUUCAGACACGCCCAACCGCCAUUGUCGGAAUCUAAUUAUAAAAUCUAAUUGUAAUCUUAGUAUACCGGUGAUGAGUGAAAAUCUGAAAAAAAGUCUCUAAAUAAAAAAACCAUUCCCAUAUUCAGUGACGGCAAAAGCUCCCACGGCGAAAAAAAUUAUGAUUACGAUCUGGUCAAGAAUAUUUUGCUCAGCUGAGCUCAGAAAAACACCAACCACCCCUUGUUUCAUUUUUUUCGAAACAAAAACUGUGUCGGAAAGCACAAAAGUACUUUGGACUCGCUCUGAAAGUUGCUUCGAAUAUAUUUUUAAAAUUUUUCUUAACUAUAUUUUAUAUUUUCCCACUAAAAUCGCUACAGCGAGAUACGUAUCUCGGCUCAUUUUCAAUAUUUUUCUUAAACUAAAGUUAUUCGUUUUAUUUGUGUGUAGAACUGAAAAGAGAGCUUUCGAAUAUUGCUGAAGGUCUCUACCCUUAUAUUAUUUGCUUCUACACCGAGUCAUUUGCAACUUUAAUAACCGUAACAGUGCAGCGUUGUGUAAUUGGAUCGAGUAGAGUUGUCGAAUCGGCGAGGACUUUUUUACUUGAAGCGAAAUAAAAUUCAAGAAGUGAAUAAUACGGGAAAUAACUCGAACAUGCAAUAAAGCUUCAGCCAGAAUUAUAAACCAAAGAAAUCUCUUUGGUCUAUUCGAACAUUUUGAGCACUUUUUUCAUUUUAAAGUAAGCACAAAGAGCCUUUUUUCAAUUUUGAUAGGUGUGGGGUGUUCCUGGAAAGGUAAAGAAGAAAAGAAAAACAGAUAGAAUAGUGCAGUGCGCUGGAACUCCGAGACAGGUAGAAUAGUGAAGUAGAAGAGAGAAACAGACUUUCGUUGGCGAGUUAGAGGGAACGACGAGGCGUGUUGGCUUUGGAAAACCCAGUCAGUCAGACAGGAAGAGAGAACUCUCAGAAAGGAGACGCCAGCCUUCGCGACUGUUCUAUGGCGAGUGUUCUCGCACAUCUCGAACCUCUAUCGCAGUGUAUAUAUAAUUGUACUUUUUUUUCCAUCAUUUACUUCUUGGAUAUCUAAAUUUUGAUGUCCUCUAACAAUUGUUGAGUUGCAUCAUGCAGAACAACAGUUGUGAUUGCAAAUUCGUGUUCUGGACUCGCCAACUUGUUUUUUUCAUCAGACUGUUAACAAUUUUAAAAAUUAUUUUUUUCUUUUUCUUGUGAGGCUGAAUAUGGCCAUCAAACAAGUCUCAGUAGAUCUUAAAGUCGUUGAAAGCAAGAUCUGUGUUGAACGAAGUUAAAAGAACUGAAUUAAGGGUAAAAAAACCGAAGGGAUCCUGUCGAUGAAUGACGACUAUCAACCAUAUGUCAACUUAGCACCGCCUUUAAUAGUAGGUUCGUUGAAAAAUGUAAAUGAGAACAAUUCUCUUAUUUUUUCUUCUUAGAUAGAAGCAAAAAUCAUUUGAUUCUCUCUUCUGAUAACGAUGAAAGACCCGAAUCCACAACCCAUACGACACAUUUGGAAAACAGUACAGGUUUGACUUGCAUGAUGCCACAUAUAAUCGCGAAAAAAAUCGUUUCAGGAGUAGUUUUUCCGGGCUAGAUCCGAAAGCAUAGUUUCCAAAAAGAGUUGAUGGGACUACGACAAGCUUGGUGAUUUUUUUAAACUAUAUAUAUACAGCAGUAAAUUUUAUAAAUGGGUGCCUAGCUUCAGAGUACCGUACUCGGUCAUACCUCAUUCACCGUAAUACCUUUUAAAUUCCAUCAAAAGCGAUUUUUUAGAAUCUUCUUUUUCCACGGGUCAUUGAAAUUAAAAAAAAUACGUAAAAAGGCCAAUCAGGAAAAAAAAAUUGCGGUCUGCAGUUGUUCACGCAGUGCACUUGAUGCAUUAAAAGCGACGCGCAAAAUGAGAAUAAAAGACUAAUUUUUCGGCUUACGCUUGUUUUCCAAAGUAUUUUGGAACUUAAGUGGAAACGCGUUUAAACGUUUCGCAAAAUUGAAAGUUAGUUCUGACACUCGAAAUUCGGUUAUCUUUUUUUCCUUCUUUGUCGAUGUUCAGAAUUUAGCGAAUAUAAUUUGGACAUGGAAUUAGUCUUUUAUCGGCUAAUUGGCUAAAUAUUUUCAUCUCUUUAUUCAAUUAACUAUCGCUCUUUAAUCAAUCAAGCAAACUCAUUUUUUUAAUGGUUUUCUUAUUUCAUAGUGUGCUCAACGGUAAAAACUAAAUUUUUCCACAGGUCUUAACUUUUUAGUUUUGUGGGUUACGAUUCGAUAGGGUCAUAUUAAACUGUUUUUUAAAUUCAAUUUCAUUUCAGAUAUACAUCGCUGCCUAUGAGUAUAUUGCGCGGAAAGAGGAUGAACUCACUUUGACUUUGGGGGCGACGAUACGACUGAUAUCUACUGAAACGUUUGUUCUCUACUUGUCCGUCAAAACAGCUAGUAUAUCACAGAAGCGAAGAAGGAUGGUUCAUAGGAGAAUUGAAUGGCAAGAUCGGGCUUUUCCCUUCUAACUACGUCAAUUUGUUAGGUUUUUCUUUACAUGCUUACCAUUUUUUCAUCGUUUUUUUCUAGGAGCUGAAUCCGAGUUGAAAGUUUUUGCAGCGAAUUUUAUCACUUAUACUACGGCUACUCUGGAGCAUUGUAAAAUUGGAAGCGGUUCCACUGCAACUGUUCACAAAGUCCGAUGCGAAGGGAAGGUUAGUUUAGUUUUUAUUCAAAUUUUCAAGGACGUAUUUUGUAAGAAAGUGUUUAUUUCAAUAACUCGGAAAUUUAGAAAGCUGCUUUAAAAAGAUUCACGGAUGCUUCUAUGCGGGAUCCAGCAUUUUCUUGUUAGUCGCAUGUUAUCGAAUGCUAUUGCAAACUAUUUGUCACAGAUGAAGUGAUCAAGAGGGAAGCGAUGAUGUUGAACGGCUUGUGCCAUCCCAACAUUGUGCGACUCCUCGGAGUCUGUCUCGAACAGCCCUACGUCGGCUUGAUGCUCGAACUUUGUGAAGGUUUCUUCGAAUUUUUCGACUUUCUAGCUAUUUGUUCGUUUUUUUUCUCUAGGAAACUCCCUACGGAAUCUAUAUAAGAGUUAUCCAGCAGAAAACAUGAUUUCAAUGCGAGUUUUGAUCAAUUGGACAACGCAAAUAGCUUCGGGCAUGGAAUACUUGAUUUCUCAAGGAUACGUCCAUAGAGAUCUGAAGGCAGAUAACAGUGAGAAUUUUUUCAUUUACAUUGCAUAAAAUUCGUCCGGAUUCCUUUUGAUAGUAUAAAUCUCAACGAAAUCUACUUUUCCUGAUUUUUCCAACUCUUUAUGAUUUUAGUUCUCGUUGUGGAAGAAGUCUGCACUUGUCUCAAGGGAGACCGCAAUCAGGUUGGAUUUCAGCACAACUUUUUAUUGUUCCGUCUUGCGUUCAGAGUCCGGAAUGGUGCUCUAAUUGCAAACUAUGUCCGCUACACCUGCUGACUCUCAAAAUAACUGACUUUGGCGGAACUCGAAAGAUUACUACCGACAUAGGGGCAAGGUGCUUCUUUUUAUUUUUUGCCACACAGUGAAAAUUCUUCAGAUUUUCCAUUAUUAAAAAUUCCAACCUAAUCCAUUCACCAACUUUUCGAAAUUUCCCCAGACUCAUGCUGAAAUUCCAUUCUGAAAUCGAUUGGAUUAAACUGGAAAAUACGAACGAAAUGUGGUUCUAUGACUGCAGACAAAGCAUCGCGGGAACCUACGCGUGGCUGGCCCCGGAGGCCUUCAGAGACGCUCUUUUCUCUGAGGCUUCCGACGUCUGGAGCUUCGGAGUGCUUCUUUGGGAACUUCUUUCCAAGCAGGAGCCUUUCCACGGAGUUUUGCCCAUUGUCAUAGCUUUUCAGGUUUUUUUUUUGUUAGAAGGUUUUGAAAUUUUUUCGGUGCUCAGGUUUCGAUGAAAGGUCAGCGUUUGGCUUUAGCUGAAGAUUGGCCUGAAAAGUGGAAAUCCAUCAUGCAAAGAUGCUGGGAGGUUAGUUAUUUUUGACUGAAAAAGAAAUUCCUAGUGUAACUCAUCCAAUAAAAAAUCUCUUCAAUUCACACGAAAAAAAAAAUCAGGAAUUCAUUAUUUUGUUCAGAUUGAACCUGAACUGAGGCCUUCUUUCAAAGAAAUUGUGCAUUUCUUCGAAGAAUACAAAAAAGACACGAUGGAUAGUAAAAUAUCGGUUUUGUGUUGGCGAGUUUCUAUUCGAAGAUUCUUCUUGCAGAAUGCUCUGGAAGAACAAUUGCGACGCGUCCAAUCAGUCAUCGAACGAGAUAUCGAGCGAAUCUACACGAAAUGCUCUACGGAUCAACAAAACGAGUAUGUUUUCUUCUCUCUUCGAAGAGGCGGAAAAAGAGUCGACGACUUCGUUUUAAUUCUUCUCUCUCCAAAUCUUUGUGUAGCCUUUAUUUGGACCUCUGAAAUCCUUUUGUUUUCUCUAUCUUUAAAUUCAGUUUGUCGCAUAAAUAUCUCAGACUUUGAAAUAACGAUAGGAAGCCAAGAAAUAAAAUAGCGCUCAAUUAGAGUAUGAUGAGAAAUAAUUUUCGAAAAGAGGCGAGAAUUUAGAGAGCAGUAGACCAUGACUAUUUCCAGUGUAUCAUUUAACCAUCUAAGGUCCUUUUUAGGCUUCAAAAACUCAUCAAGACGUUCUACGAACGUCGGCAGGUGGAUCCGCGGCCUGAGGCAAAGGCGAGAAAACGGAAGAACAAGCUGCAAAAGUCAGACAUCGGACCGGUGGCAGGUUGGUGAACGGUUGAAUAGGAGAAUAUGGAUAAUUUGAGGCGUUCAACAUUUGGUUUCUUUCCAAAAAGCUGAAGGCAGCGACGUCAAUGUGCAGUUGCAUUGUAAGUGAUUUUUUAAUUCUUUUUUUUUCACGAGCGCUGUGAAUUUUUUUUUGAAAUGUAGAGAAAUAUUGUGGAAUAUAUUUGAAAAAAAAAUGGCUACAGAAUUUUAUUUUUCAAAAUGAUGAACUAAAUAAUAAGCUUCAAAAUAUAAAGAAAAAUAUUUUCUUCAGUAAAUAUUGUUAUGAAUAACGUGUUCUUGCAGAUUUUCUGCUUUAGUGCUGGUUUUUUGUAGUUCAGUGUUUUCGGAAAAUCUGCAUGAUCUGUAGCUUCGUCGGUACUUUACAGGUGACCUAACCGGUGGCACUUUGCCGCGUCGCAAUAGCGACUCCGCGAGCUCCACGAUCAAAAGCACGUUGUCGGCAAGCAGUCCGAACCUGCACGCCCUCUUCGACGUUAUCAACGGGGGACAGUCCGGCAACAGCUCAUUGCGACGCCAAGACGCGUUCCGCAAAAAGUCGCGACCUAGCAUAUCCAACGUGAUCGCCGGCGACGUCACUCCCACCACCAGUGGCGACGGCCACGACGCUUGCAAUUUCGCCAAAAGUACGUGUUGUGUCGUCUUCUUUCCUAUAACUCUGCCUUUCUUUCCUCAUACAGGGAAUAAGGCGCAAAGACACCCGUCAAGCUCAUUUCUUCUCGGAGCUUCGUACAUCUUUCAUUUGAGCUCGUAAACAAUUUGCCGUUGUUUUGGGAUUCAAAAAAUAGUUUUUCAGUACUGAAAAAGCCCGUGUGAAUGAGUCCUGCGUUUUUUAUAAAAAAAAUUUGAUUUGAAAGAACUGAAUACUGGUUUUUUGGAUAGUUUCUGGAAAUAGCUUUCAAAUAAGGGUGUUUUUUUUUAAAUAUUACAUAGCGGAACUAACUGAAUUAAUUUUGACGAGCACCUAUUCCAUUUAAGUUUUGCUUUCCCAGCUUUUGAGCAAAGGCUUAAAGUUUCAGUUGAUUCAGCCGAGGAUCUGACUUCGCCGCAGCGACAAGAGCGAGGCUACAAGACUUUCGCAAAAAUGCUCUCUAAGUUUCACCCAAAGGUUUGAGGAGGACUUCAGUUGUGAUCAACUUCCGAGGUUUAGAAGAGCAACCGACGGGACUCGAAAGAGGAGGAAGAGAGUUCCCGGGGCUCGGUGAGCUCCCGAGCGAGCUCUUCCUCGAGACUGCCUAUUCCUCUAGGGCAACACACUCGCGGCCCAGCUGCGGUUGGAUUUCUCGAGGUGCUUCUGAACAAGAAAACUUGGCAAGCGUGCGCUCCUGACGGCCUUAUAGGCUUCGUUCGAAAAAGACCUAGAAACUACAUUUCUUUUUAUAUAUAUUUUUCUAUUUUUUUAUGUAUAUAUAUUUCUUCAUGAAAAAACGGCUCAAAGCUGGCUAAGAUUUCUCGCUCAUGGUUUCGUUCAGGUCGCAAAACGAGGAAGAGCUAUUUCAUCUAGUGAUUGUUCUAACUUUGAAGAAUCUUCUUUGCCGAGGUGACAAAAAUUUUUGAAACUUGAAAAUUUCUUCUUUUUUUUUUGUUAUAGAGGACACAAAGUUUCUCCCUCGGACGGUUUGACUCGUCCUCCGAUGCUCUCAAGUUACAACAGGUGAAUAGUUCGUUUUUUAUAAGUUUUUUGGAAGUUGCUCUUCAAAUUAUUCUUUACAGUUAUGACGGCGAAAUCGUGAAGAGACCGUCAAAACUGGCGCCGAUGCCUCAGAAAAAGUCGCCAAUAGAGUUAGACCAGCCAUUCCCUGCAUCUCCAGACACUCCCGAGUGGCCUUUUGGUGAGAAACUUGCAAUAAAAGUUGUUUCUAGUGCAUGAUAAUUAUGUUUAAGAAGACCAAGAAUAAUAUUCAUACAUAUAUAUAGAGGUUUUUCGAACCCAAAAUGUUUCUCUCUUCGAAGCUUACCAGUCCCAAGUAAUAUAACGGUUUCGAGGAAUUCUUAAAUAUAAAUUGAUUAUCUUCAGGUUUCCCUUUCUCGUUGAAAUGUCCGUUUUUUUCUAAGAAAGGACAUUCGUGCUUUUGGCCCCCAGUGCCUUUACUUCAUCUGUAUUCUGGUUUUGAGAUUUUUAUUUAUGAAACGUUUCAGGCUCUCCAUCAGUCUCGAAGUACCCGUGUUCCGCGUCAACCGACAACUUCAGCUAUGAGUUGCUGGUCCCCAAGUCCGCUAACCAGGCCUCAAUGGCGUACGAAAGAUCUAAACAUCUCAAUAAUGUGAGCAUCAAUCAAAGUUACAAAGCUUGAAUAAAAUUAGAAAAUUUUUCAAAAUUCGUUUUUCGUUUAUUGUUUUUAAACGUUUUUAUAUAACGAGGAUGGUCGUUUUACUUUCCAUUUUAGCAAUUUCUCAAAAUACACCAAUUCCCUGUUUCACGUACAAAAUGAAAACUUAAUAUCUUGCAGCAAAAUUUUUUCCCGAAGACAUCAUAUUGAUCAUAUUCAUGAAAAAUCGUUAAAAACUGCUCGUUUGAGACUUACAGGACAUUCAGCUGGCACAUCAGAGUGAAUUUGAGAAACUUCAAAAAUUUUUAAAGCGCAAUGAAAAUUUAUCUUCUUGGUAAAAUCCGUGAUGAAGAAUCAAGAUCAAAAAUUCCACAAUAAUGAAUGCCUGAUACAUCAUAUAACCAUAUCUGCUACAUUCAUGGAUCUGAAUAAAAGCAAAGAAUUUCAGUUCCUCUCUAGAAGGAUUCCGCCGUCGCCGGAAGUGACACACUACGAGAUGGUGGACGGACGUCCGCCACGGCCUAUUUAUGGCGGUGGCCUGAGCCCCGAUAGUCCAUAUUACAGUCUCGAAAGAGCCGAAGCUCCUUUGUCGAUUUCAAGCGCGAGGAACGAGAUCCGCAACGCUCCUUAUACAGAUAUGCCAGCCAGGGUCAACGGCCGAACUCUCAGCAACCCACAAUAUAUCCACUGUCCGGUGCGCAUUCAUACUUUAUGCUUUGGAAUGGACAGAAAAGUUUUCAGUCACAACUGAAAAAGGAGUUCUCCAGGCCCUCUACGUUGAAUUUCAACAAAAGUGGCACUCCGAACAGCACUGGCGUCAGGUUUGUCGUUCAGCUUGAGUUUGCAAAAAUCACCGCCUGACUUCUUUCAACUGUAAUCUACAGUUCACUCGUCAUUUUCGAAAAGCGAUGAAUGUUCAAAAAUUACAUUUUUUUUUUCAAUAAAUUCACAACGGUCGCUUCUAAGAAUCAUUUUGUUGUUAGGUGAAAUUCUGAAAAAAUAUAGGAAAAAGAAACACUUUGUAAAAAAAAUCUGACGAAGAAAACAACACCUCUCAAGAACAAAGUCAAAAUAUAUCAAGCUUGUAUAGAACCUGUUCUCUUAUACAGAUCAGAAGUCUGGACCCUCAAGAAAACAGAGAUGAACAUGAUAGCCACAGCGCAGAGGAAGAUAAUAAUAAUAAUAAUUUAUUGACAGAUCAGCGUGAACCCUAACGAGUUCACUUGGAUCUAGAAUUUGAGAAAAUACAUUAUACAGCUAUACAUCAUUUGAGUCGUGGAGGAAUAGACAAGAAGAUCUCGUGCAAUGGUAGAUUCACCAGUAAAUUUUUUAAAAGAUGAUGAGAAGAAUGCUUGGUGUGACUCUAAUAGAUAGAAGAUCAAACAGUUGGCUCCACGAAAGGUUGAAGAUGCGUGAUGCUCGAAUGGUUGCAACAAGAAGAAAAUGGUUCUUCGCAAAGAAAAUCGUGACGGGAGAAGAAACGUGGGCAAAGAAGAUCGUAGAAUGGCGGCCGUGGGAGAAGAAAAGAUCUGUUGGACGACCACGAGCACGUUGGCGAGAUGACUUCCGAAGCGUUCUUGGGGAGAAUUGGUCGACCGUUGCGCGCAACAACAAGGAGCUCUUCAAAUCUACCAUGAUUCAGCAGAGCCUUUCUGAUUUCUCUGAUGUCUGAAUAAAUUGAAUUGAAUUGAAUUGAAUUGUAAAAAAAAAGAAGGGAAAAAAGUCUUGUAAAAAUAUAAGCGUAUAUCAGAUUAGAAAGUUUGGAUGAUGCUGAGACGACAAAUUUAGUGUAUAUACGUUUAACACGCCUUUUAAUCAAAUGUAUAGCGGUAAUCAUCACGAAUCGUGUCUAGAUCUUCAUCCUGAAAGUCUGUGUUUCAGUACCGCGGGAAGCACCUACUCGCUGCUCAGCGAUCCUCCAGAAAUUCACGCACCGCCACCACCAUUGAUUCCCGUCAAACUCCCGCCUGUGAUACCCCUUGAAGGCCUUCACUUGUGA